GUGUCAUCUUGGGAACGUCGUGAAUAUAACGUGAAAUAAUGAAUUUUGUUGUUUUAGAAUAUGGGUGAAUAUGUGCAAUAAUUUAUUAUACUUAAUUGUGGAAAGUGUUGUGUUUUAAAUAUAUUUGUGUAAUUUGUGUGAAAAUGGCCUCGGAUAAGAUUAAAGUAGCUGUUCGGGUUCGUCCCUUUAACAGGCGAGAACUCGAAUUAGGGACACAAUGUGUGGUGGAAAUGGAAGGACAGCAGACUGUCCUACAGUAUCCGCAGUCGACUCACGACAAAGAAAGGAAACAACCAAAGACGUUCGCAUUCGAUCACUGUUUCUACUCACUGGAUCCCACGCUGCCCAACUUCGCCUCUCAGAAGACAGUUUUCGAAUGUCUAGGUCGAGAUAUACUGGACAACGCUUUCGAAGGAUACAAUGCCUGCAUCUUCGCGUAUGGACAGACAGGUUCUGGAAAAUCAUACACGAUGAUGGGCGCACCCGGACCCAACGAAGGCGGUAUCAUACCUCGUCUCUGUGACGCGUUGUUUGAAAGAAUCGCGCGCCAGCAGUCGCCCCCUGCCCUCACAUACAAGGUGGAGGUUUCAUAUAUGGAGAUUUACAAUGAACGUGUGCACGACCUCCUCGAUCCUGAGACGACGCGGCGUUCUCUGCGCGUGCGCGAACAUGUGGUUUUGGGACCCUACGUCGAUGGAUUAUCACAACUCGCCGUUACGUCAUUCCAGGAUAUUGACAACCUGAUGACAGAAGGUAACAAGUCGCGGACAGUCGCUGCUACUAAUAUGAAUAGCGAGUCAUCACGAUCACAUGCUGUCUUCAGCGUGGUGUUAACACAAACUCUCUGUGACGCCGCCACUGGGGUUACAGGGGAGAAAGUGGCAAGGCUCUCCUUAGUCGACUUGGCAGGAUCAGAGAGGGCAGUAAAGACUGGCGCGGUAGGGGAUCGGUUGAAAGAAGGGUCUAAUAUCAACAAGUCGCUAACGACAUUGGGUCUCGUCAUAUCAAAACUGGCAGAUCAGUCUUCAGGCAAGAAUAACAAGGACAAGUUCGUGCCCUACAGAGACUCGGUGCUCACGUGGCUCUUGAAAGACAACCUUGGAGGAAACAGUAAAACUGUUAUGGUAGCUACAGUAUCACCAGCGGCAGAUAACUACGAAGAGACAUUAUCCACGUUAAGAUACGCCGACCGAGCCAAACGUAUCGUCAACCACGCCGUCGUCAACGAAGAUCCCAAUGCGAGGAUCAUUCGAGAACUUCGCCAGGAAGUCGAAGCGCUCAAGGAGAUGCUCAAGCAUGCAACGGGUUCUCCUGUGGGCGAAGACGUUCAUGAGCAAUUGGCACAAAGCGAGCACCUGAUGAAGGAAAUGUCCCGUACCUGGGAAGAAAAAUUAGUUGAAACUGGUCGGAUACAAAGCGAAAGACAACAUGCUCUCGAAAAGAUGGGCAUCAGCGUACAAGCGAGCGGCAUUAAAGUCGAGAAGAAUAAGUUUUACCUCGUAAAUCUGAAUGCGGAUCCUUCGCUGAAUGAACUGCUAGUGUACUAUUUAAAGGAACGUACGCUCGUCGGCGCCGACAGCGCGGCAGCUAUCCAGCUGUCCGGCCUGGGCAUCCAGCCCCAGCACAGCCUGCUGGUGGUGGAGGGCGGCUGGCUGCACAUGGAGCCGCUGAACGGCGCGCGCUGCUUCGUCAACGGCACGCCCGUCGUGUCGCGCGUGCGCCUCGGACACGCCGACCGCAUCCUGUGGGGCAACCACCACUUCUUCCGCGUCAACUGCCCCAAGGACAUCACUGCGACGUCCGAGCCACAGACACCGGCGCAACCCAUCGACUAUAACUUCGCUCGUGACGAGAUCAUGCUCAACGAGCUCAGCAAUGACCCCAUACAGACCGCCAUCUCGCGGCUUGAAAAGCAGCACGAGGAGGACAAACAAGUGGCCCUGGAAAAACAGAGACAAGAAUAUGAACGACAAUUUCAACAGCUCAGAAACAUAUUGUCACCAUCGACUCCAUAUCCUCCGUAUUCCUAUGAUCCGUUAAAAUUAGGCAAGAUGACGGCGUGCACGCCGACGACGGCGGCGCGCGUGGAGCGCUGGGCGGCCGAGCGCGACGACACGUUCAAGCGCUCGCUGGGCCGCCUCAAGGCCGACAUCCUGCGCGCCAACGCGCUCGUGCAGGAGGCCAACUUCCUGGCCGAGGAGAUGCGCCGCAACACCAGGUUCAGCGUCACGCUGCAGAUACCGCCGCAGAACCUCAGCCCCAACAGAAAGCGUGGAGCAUUUGUUUCGGAGCCGGCAAUAAUGGUAAAGCGGCCUACAAGAGGCGCACAGGUUUGGUCCAUGGAGAAGCUGGAGAACAAACUCGUAGACAUGCGAGAAAUGUACGACGAAUGGAGGCGGCGUCAGCAGCGAGACGAUAUUAUUGAAGACGACGGAGUUCAAAUCGACCCCGACACACCAACGGAACAAGGCGAAAAAGCAAUAGAUCCGUUCUACGAGUCACAAGAAAACCACAACUUGAUCGGUGUAGCGAAUAUUUUCUUAGAAGCGCUGUUUCAUGACGUCACUUUAGACUACCACACGCCCAUUAUAAGUCAGCAAGGGGAAGUAGCAGGGAGGUUACAGGUCGAAAUAAGUCGAGUGUCCGGACAGUUUCCACAAGAUAGGAUAUGUGAAGCGGCUUCUGAUAGUUCUGGUGAUAUGCGAGAUGACGACGAGCCCAUAGAUCCCGCUACACAGCAAGUGACCGUCCGCGUGGUGAUCAAGCAGGCGAGCGGGCUGCCGCCGUCGCUGUCCAACUUCGUGUUCUGCCAGUACUCGCUGUGGGGCGGCGGCGAGCCCGUGGUGGUGGCGCCGCAGGUGAGCGCCGACACGCCGCCCGCGCCCGCCGCCGCGCCCGCCUCGCCGCGCCACCAGCUCGUCACCUUCCGCUUCGACCACCGCCGCGACUUCACCGUGCCGCUCACCGAGGAGUUCGUCGAGCACUGCGCCGAGGGUGCACUGUCCAUCGAGGUGUGGGGUCACCGUUCGGCGGGCUUCAGCCGUGCGUGCGGAAACUGGGUGGUCGAGCAGCAGCAGCUGGCCAAGGCGCGCUCGCUGGCCGACCGCUGGGCGGAGCUCACCCGCAAGAUCGAGCUCUGGGUCGAGAUUCACGAGCUCAACGACCAGGGCGAGUACGCGCCGGUCGAGGUGUCCCCGCGCGCCGACAUCGUGACGGGCGGCGUGUACCAGGUGCGGCAGGGCCAGCAGCGCCGCGUGGGCGUGCGCGUGCGCCCCGCCGCCAACUCCGGCACGCUGCCCAUCAUCUGCCAGCACAUCGUCAGCGUCGAGCUGGGCUCCGUCACCGUCAGAUCACGUCUACAAAAGCCUCUGGAUUCGUACCAAGAAGAAGAUUUGGCAGUUCUUCGGGAACGCUGGAGCGACGCGCUCGCCCGACGCCGCCAACAUUUGCACGCCCAGUUACAAAAGCUGGUGAACAUGUCUCCUUCAUUGAAGAGUGAGCGUGACAUGGAGCGGGAACAGAGUCUCGUCGAGCAAUGGGUGUCGCUCACUGAGGAGAGAAAUGCGGUGCUGGUGCCGAGCCCCGGCAGCCCCAUCCCCGGCGCGCCGGCCGCCUGGAGCCCGCCGCCCGGCAUGGAGCAGCACAUACCCGUGCUCUUCCUGGACCUCAACGCGGACGACCUGACGACGAAUUCAUCGGGCGAGGAGGUGACGGUGGCCGGCCUCAACUCCAUCCUGCCCAAGGAGCACGGCAACAAGUUCUACGAGCUACAGAUCCUGCACCACCACGACAAGGACGUGUCCGCCGUCGCUUCAUGGGACUCCUCCAUACACGACUCACAGUACCUGAACCGAAUCACUGAAGCGAACGAGCGCGUGUACCUGAUCCUGAAGACGACGGUGCGCCUGUCGCACCCCGCGCCCAUGGACCUCAUCCUGCGCAAGCGCCUCGCGCUCAACAUCUACAAGCGCCAGAGCCUCACCGACCGGAUACGGAAGAAAAUCGUCAGGAUCGACCAGCUAGCGUCAACGGGUGUGACGUACGAGGUGGUAUCCAACAUUCCGAAGGCCUCCGAGGAGUUAGAGGAACGCGAGAGUCUGGCGCAGAUCGCAGCCACGGGAGAGGAGGCCAGCGCUGCCGACGGCGAAACUUAUAUCGAAAAAUACACUCGCGGCGUGAGCGCCGUCGAGAGCAUACUCACGCUCGACCGCCUGCGCCAGAGCGUCGCCGUGAAGGAGCUGGAGCAGGCGCGCGGCCAGCCCAUCACCAUGCGGAAAACCGCUUCCGUGCCCAACUUCUCGCAGGGAACUUUCUCACGACGCGAUGCGUUACAAUCUUUAUGCAACGCAACGCAAUACGUUGUACGUUUCGUAUCAACAUUGCAAGGGCAGGCAGAAUUAUCGGAUUCGGAUCAAAUUGAGCAAGAUAGCGUUGCAUCGCGUAGCGUGAUCAUGCGCCUGGACUCGUCGUUCGAGUCGCUGUCGGGGCUGGGCGGCGGGCGCUCGGGCAGCGUGGCCGACCUCGCGGACGAGGCGCCGCGCCGGCCCGCGCACCGCCACUCCUACGCCGCGCCCGCGCACGCCGACGCCGACGUCGUCACGCCCACCAAGCCCUUCGGCCUCGCAUCUCCGGCAAGCGUGAAAUUAGGAUUGCGUAUGACGACUUUACACGAGGAACCUGGCCGUAGGAACGAUGAUGACUCGCAUUCUGAACCCGAGUCAGCCCCGACCGAUGAGCUCACAACGCCACGCUCAAAUCGCACCCGCUCAAGAGCAACAUCGCGCGGCUUCCUGCCCACUUCAAAGACCCUCGACUCGCUCCACGAGUUAGCAUGUGAACGAGUACCCAAUAAGAACUCACCUUCAAUAUCUUCGAGCGGAUAUGGUUCCCAAGCAGUAUCAUCUUCAAAUCUCACAAACGAUGACACGCUCUCAAUCAGGAGCAUGUCAGUAGAUGACACGCCGGACUUCGACAAGACGAUGGAUUACACGAACCUCAGCAGAACGAAAACUUCGAUGGCAGGACUUAGGAAUGAGAUCACUGAACUGAGGAACGAUAUCACUGAACUAAAGAACGAAAUUGUCGAAUCGAAAAAUGAACUCGAAGAGGCGACAUUCGAAAAAGCGAAAACUCCGGUCUUAACUCCGGGAUCUCGGAAUAGAAUCAACCCAUUUUUGAGGGACUGCGAGGAGAUUUCUAAAGAUAAAAAAGACGGUCAGCUAGUGGAUCCUCUGGGGGCUAUACCAGUCGAAAGCGCCGUGCUUUCUAGUCAGUUACAUAAGGGAGAACCCAUCCAAGUCAACGGAGAAACGGCACAUGAGACAUCAUUCGGUGAAGCGGAAGUGGAAUCACUGAGCUCAGAGCAGUCCAGUCAUGAGACACGAAGCCGGGAAGCGUCCUCUGUCGGAGAGAGCGAUUCGCCGGGACCGGACUCCGUCGUCAACACCUCGCUGCCCGCUGGAAAAGUGGUCCGCCGCCGCGCCGGCGCCGCGUCGCGCUCGGCCGCGCGCGCCUCGCACCCCGCGCCGCGCCCCCGCUCCGCGCACGAGCCCGCGCACGAGCCCGCGCUGCGCGACACGCCCGCCUCCUCCACGGAGCGCAUCGGCGACGAAUAUUUCGAGAGCAGCCGGCACCCCGUGCCCGAGUGGCUGUCGGUCGGCGAGAGCGUGCAGCUGCGCCUCAGCAGCAGCACGGGCGUCGUGGCCUACGUCGGGCCCACCACCUUCGCCGGCGGCGUCUGGGUCGGCGUCGAGCUCGACGCGCCCACCGGCAAGAACGACGGCUCGGUGGGCGGCACGCGGUACUUCUCGUGCCGCGCGCGGCACGGCAUCUUCGUGCGCGCCGACAAGCUCGUGCACGACCGGCGCGGCCGCAGCGCGCGCGCCUUCCGCGACGCCGAGCUGCGCCGCGCCUCCAGCAAGGGGGAAGGAUUACACAACUUGCACAGAUCGCGGAGUCGCGGGGACAGUAUAAACGCGGUCGGAACCAAGACCAGAGGCAAAUAAAGUCGACCCUCGCCCGAGCAGCUGUCGAAGCGAAUUUAUUAUUACGUCCACUUCACACCUCAAGUCCAAUUCUAUUUGAGUUGCAGUCCUGUAACGCAUAUGGUGCUUUAUAUUUUAUAGUAGUUUCCUUUCAUCCGUUUGAUUUGUAAGCGACGCAGUAUGUCUAUUUAUUUCACAUGUCUUGAUAAAAUGUGGGAAAAUCGGUUCUCCUCGCGUUUGUUGACACAGUCAAACAAUCAUCGACGGAAAACCAUUCGAUUCCCUUCGACGUAAAUGUAUGACGGCGUUUCAUUAACGUGUAUUAUUAUAAUUAAUUUGAUUAUGUUUUUAAUUCAUUGACCACUAAAUUUGUAAAUAGAUUGAACGAAUUCAAUCGUGUGAUUUAAUUUUAUUGUUACGUUUCAAUGUAAAUAUGUGAAUCUUUGUGUGUUAUGACGAUAAUUUAAUGUUUUAGAAUCAAUGAAUUAUUUGUGAUCGGCGAGAAUCGGUAAAUUGCUUGUAUAGAUUUUUUUUACUGUAUAGUGGUGUGGCGUUGACAUUAUGAAGGAUUAUUUAUGUAUUAGCUCAUUGUAUAUAUGUGUUUUUAAUUUUUUAAUAAUUAAAUACGAUAACUAUUCGCAACGAAAUUAUCCCAUUCGGCGUAUCACGAUAAAUAUAUCUUGACAAAUAUCAGGACCAGUCUUAACUUCCAUUAACAUCCGGUUAUAGGUUAUAUUUAGCGUCACUUAAAGCGAUGUUGUGAUGAACAUCGAUUUUAGCUAAUUGAGUUCCUAUAAGCAUUUUUAUAUUACUCCCUGGCGUGUGUAUCGAUGUAUAGGGAACGAUGGCCACUCAAGAUACGGCUUGUAUCUUUUUUACUUAUAUUUGUAUGCGUAAACAUUAGCCUCGAAGUUGCUCAGGAUCACGUGUCGUCGGCACGAUUGCCAGUUCGUUGUGAUAGUUUCUUGCCACUGGGACUAGAGACCGUAAAUGAUUUAUUUUUCUAUUGUCACUAAAUUAGAUUUUUGCCCUUAUCAUUUCGAAAUAGAUUUACGAAAUCGUCCAAUGCUACAUCUUCGUCCUUAAUAAGACUUGUACUUAGUACACAGAAAGCCAUGCGAAGGACAAAAUAUGGCCAAAAACACUGACAUUCUUUUCGGCGCAAGUGUCAAGCGAAAUCAAACCUAAACGUCUAUACGACAAGGCUUAUUUUUCGUAAAUAUUUGUAUGAUACUUUGCUCUUAACAUCUUGAUUGUCUAUUCCUAUGCUAUUUCGUAAACGAUCUCGAGUUGUCGCUCGCUUGCCACUUGGGCCACUGUCGUAUAUCGAUUAGGUUGUGUAGGUAAAUUUUGAGAUGUAAUAUAAAAAGUAAGUGUUUGUAGUACUUUUUGGCCUGAUGUAUAUUAAUUGAAUAUCAUAAUCAAAUGAAAUUUUGUCCUCAAAUUAUUAUCUCCAUCCACAUUCGAACAAUAAUCGGUUAACUGUAUAUUUUCUCUCCGUAAAGAACGUUAGCUCUGUAUCCGGAUAGACGUUAAACUAAUAUCAUAAUAUAUACUAGCGGUGUAGUUCGCGUGUAACCUAUCGUGUUAGGUAAUGUCCACAUUCGACCGUUUCGAUUCAAGUCGGACCGGCAUAGUCUGUAGCUCACCUAAUGUAUAUUCCAUCCUCUUAGUGAAGUAAUCGUUAAGUACACUUAAUGAGUACACAAAUAGAAGUUAAUGGCGCCUCGUUAUUUACUAGAGUUUGUAAGUAUUCACUUUCGCUACAUCAUAGCCCGUCACUUGCCUCCAUUCCUGUACACAGUGUUGUAUAAAUAAUAUCUAAUUGUAAGUGAUUAUUAAAUAUUCAAUUUGUCAAAAAAUAUAUUCAACCGUUCUAACUUUGCACUCGUAAAGAAACGCCGACUCGUAGUGUAAGCCUCGACUGACAUCAUUUCGUGUCUCCCGUUCACUAUCGAAUGCUUUUAGACUGUCGUACUUAAUACAUUCCAUUUUUGCAUUAUCGUUCUUCCGGACGCGUAGGUUUUAAGUUAGAUUUUAUAGACGAGACGCGUUUUCAAUAAAUUUUUGCAUUUUUGAAUGACGUUCUGGAAAAAGUACAUUUCGUAAUUUCGUACGUAACCCGGCCUCGACUGAAGGGCUCAAUGUGUAGUCGACGUUAAUAAAAGUCUAAUGGAAAAUUUUAAUAAGAAGUUUUCAUAUAUCUUAGAAUGUGUCUUUGAAACUCUCGAUGUGCUUAUUGUCCAGUAGUUUUUGUUAGAACACGGGCAAGAGGAGAGAGGGGGGGGAUCGGGCGCAGGACGGCGAGGCACCGGCGAGGUUGAGACGUAGGGCUCCUAGUAAUAGGCUAAUAGUGACCUUAAAAGCAAAGUCGUAGGUCCUAAUUUAAUUUUGUUUAGAAAUUAAGCUGACCAUGUGCUGUGCUUUUGUUUUAAAUAAUAGUUAUUAGGUAAAUGAAAUUAUUUGUUUUAUAUUAUUAUUAUUAUUAUUUUACAUUCGCGUAGUGUAUUUCGUAUUUAUUGCAGUCAAUUCGAUACGAGCUUUUAUGUAUAAUUUCGUAUUAUAUGGUUAAUUAUUAGAUUAGAUAUGAGUUUAUUUCUUUGCCAGUCUAACGAUUGUGUAAAAUAAACGUAGAUCACAAAUCAAAUGUAUUUCUUAUAAUUUUUUAAUGUGAUAAGCGAAUAGUUUUGGCGGCUACUUGGUAGCGUAGGUGGUUGCAUCUUCAUUAUUGUAAACAUUUAAUAAAUAAAGAGAUUUUAAUAUUUAAAUACAAAAAUAGUUCACUUCUAGUGGAAAUAUUUUUGCCAAGUAGCGGAUUUGAGUCAACCAUCGCUGUCAUUAUCAAUAAAUGUAUAA